UUGGAGAUCUUUGCUCACAGAAAUGAAGCUUCUUGAUAUCAUUUUGGUUUAUCGCAGGCUUAUCCUCAUCAUCCUCACCCCACUGCUUUUAUUGCCACUGCCUUUAAUAAUCCAAACAAAAGAAGCAAAAUGUGCAUAUACCCUCUUUGUUGUGGCCAUUUUUUGGAUCACCGAAGCUUUACCUCUGUCUGUAACAGCUUUGCUGCCUGGCUUCAUGUUCCCCUUGUUUGGAAUCUUGCCUUCUAAGCAGCUGGCAUCUGCUUAUUUCAAUGAUUUUCACUUACUGCUAAUUGGAGUCAUCUGUUUGGCAACAUCAAUAGAAAAAUGGAAUUUACAUAAGAGAAUAGCUUUAAGAAUGGUGAUGAUGGUGGGUGUGAACCCUGCAUGGCUCACGCUGGGGUUCAUGAUAAGUACUGCCUUCUUGUCUAUGUGGCUUAGCAACACCUCUACAACAGCCAUGGUGAUGCCCAUCGUCGAGGCUGUCGCUCAGCAGAUCAUCAGCGCUGAAGCAGAGAUCGAAGCCACCCAGAUGACUUACUUCAGUGGAUCCACCAAUCAUGGAUUGGAAAUUAAUGAAAGUGAUAAUUGCUCUGAAAAAAAUGAACUGAAAGAAAAAAACAUUCCAUUUUCACGUAACGAUGCAAGGAAAAGCUCAGGCAAGAUAGAUUUGGAAAAGAACUCAGAAGUUGGAAGAUAUCGAACAUGGAAGGACCACAUGAUGUGCAAACUGAUGUGUUUGUCCAUCACUUACUCUUCUACCAUUGGAGGGCUGACCACUAUCACAGGCACGUCCACCAACUUGAUCUUUGCUGAGCAUUUCAAUUCGCGCUAUCCAGAUUGUCGCUGCAUCAAUUUUGGAUCUUGGUUUAUGCUUUCCUUUCCUGCUGCAAUUAUUCUUCUAUUCUUGUCCUGGAUCUGGCUUCAGUGGCUUUUCCUUGGUUUCAGUCUAAAAGAAAUGUUCAAAUGUGGCAAGAAUAAAACAGUAAAAGAAGAAGCCUGUGAAAAUGUUAUUAAAGAAGAGUAUCAAAAACUUGGACCAAUGAGGUUUCAAGAAAUUAUAACCUUGGUCCUCUUCACCAUAAUGGCCCUGUUAUGGUUUACCCGAGAUCCUGGCUUUCUUCCUGGUUGGUCCUCACUUUUUCCACAGUACUCAAGCUUUGUUACAGAUUCAACUGUUGCCUUAACCAUAGGCAUCCUUUUCUUCUUGAUUCCGGUCAAGAAGUUGACUAAAACUACACCUACUGGAGAAAUCACUGCUUUUGAUUACUCUCCGCUGAUUACUUGGAAAGAAUUCCAGUCAUUCAUGCCCUGGGACAUAGCUAUUCUUGUGGGUGGUGGGUUUGCCCUGGCUGAAGGAUGUAAGAUAUCAGGAUUAUCUCAUUGGAUUGGCCAACAACUAACGCCUCUGGGUUCAUUACCAGUUUGGUCUACCAUCUUUAUAUCUUCUUUACUUGUCACUUCUUUAACAGAGGUAGUCAGUAAUGCAGCUACUAUAACCCUUCUCCUGCCUAUACUGGCACCUCUGGCUGAAGCUAUUCAUGUGAACCCUCUCUAUAUUUUGUUACCUUGUACUUUAUGUACUUCGUUUGCAUUCCUCUUGCCAAUCUCAAAUCCACCCAAUGCCAUUGUCUUUUCCUAUGGCCAUCUGAAAGUCAUUGACAUGGUUAAAGCUGGUUUGGGCAUUAAUAUCAUAGGUGUUGCUGUAGUAAUGCUUGGCAUUUUCACGUGGAUGGUACCCAUGUUUGACCUUCAUACAUACCCAAGUUGGGUUUCUGGAACAAAUAAUAAUACAUUGCCAUGACCAUCAAGCAGAAUGGAUCUUCCAAUUAUUGUACAAGUCAUUUUGAUAAACAUUAAGAGCACAUCAAGACCAUACAAUAAAUGGUUAAGUUGGAGAAUAUUUGAGGGGUUAAGAAAAAAGUGCAAGCCCUACAAAUCAUAAUUGCUAUUCUAUUGA